AGCGCCUAGCCCCGCCUCCCCGCGCUGCGCAGCGCUCCUCUCCUCCGCUUCGCUCCUCCGCUCUGCUCUGCUCCGCUCCGCACGGCCCAGCUCGCUGUUUACCCCCCCCAGCUAAAUGGAGUUUGUCAGGUCCCGGUAUCAGUGGCUAUGAUGACCCCCCAGGUGAUAACGCCUCAGCAGAUGCAGCAGAUUCUCCAGCAGCAGGUCCUGAGCCCUCAGCAGCUCCAGGUUCUCCUCCAGCAGCAGCAGGCACUCAUGUUGCAGCAGCAGCAACUUCAGGAGUUUUACAAGAAGCAACAGGAACAGCUACACCUUCAGCUCCUUCAGCAGCAGCAUGCUGGGAAACAGACCAAGGAGCAGCAGGUCUCGGCCCAGCAGCUCGCCUUCCAGCAGCAGCUCCUCCAGGUCCAGCAGCUCCAACAGCAGCACCUGUUGAACCUGCAGAGGCAGGGCCUGCUGUCCAUCCAGCCGGGGCAGUCGGCGCUGCCCCUGCCCUCCCUCACUCAGGGCAUGAUCCCGGCUGAGCUCCAGCAGCUGUGGAAGGAGGUAACGGCCAUACACAUCAAGAGCGAGGCUCACAGCGACAGCCCCGCCAGCCUCGACGUGUCCUCACCGGCGGCACCGCCCAAGAACCCGCUCCUCCACCAGCACACACCCACCAACGGCCAGUAUGUGGCACACUCGCUCAAGAGAGAGAGCACCACGCUGGACGAGCACCCCCACCACAGCCACCCGCUCUACGGACACGGCGUAUGCAAAUGGCCCGGCUGCGAGGCCGUAUUCGACGAUUUCCAGUCAUUCCUCAAGCACCUGAACCACGAGCAUGCGCUGGACGACAGGAGUACGGCCCAGUGUCGGGUGCAGAUGCAGGUGGUACAGCAGCUGGAGCUGCAGUUAGCGAAAGACAAAGAACGACUGCAGGCCAUGAUGACUCACCUUCAUGUAAAGUCCACGGAGCCCAAGCCCACCCCUCAGCCGCUGAACCUGGUGUCCAGCGCCACCCUCUCCAAGACGGCCCCGGAGACAUCCCCACAGAGCUUACCUCAGACGCCGACCACGCCCACUGCCCCGCUUACGCCGCUGUCGCAGGGCCCCUCCGUCAUCACCCCCAACAGCCUCCACAGCGUGGGCCCCAUGCGCAGGCGCUACUCGGAGAAGUACAACAUGCCCAUCUCACCAGACAUCGUCCAGAACAAAGAAUUUUACAUGAACGCUGAAGUGAGGCCCCCCUUCACGUACGCAUCGCUAAUACGGCAGGCCAUCCUCGAAUCUCCUGAGAAGCAGCUAACACUAAAUGAAAUCUACAACUGGUUCACGCGAAUGUUCGCUUAUUUCAGGCGCAACGCUGCCACGUGGAAGGGCGCCGUCCGCACCAACCUCUCACUCCAUAAGUGCUUUGUGAGGGUAGAGGAUGAGUUUGGGUCCUUUUGGACCGUCGAUGACGAGGAGUUUAAGCACGGCCGGCACGUGCAGCGCGGCCGUCCCCGGAAAGGCGCCGGCGACGACCAGCCGCCCCCACAGAGCCCCUCCCUGGUGAAGAACAUCCAGACAAGCCUGGCAUACGGGCCUGCCCUCUCUGCGGCCUUCCAGGCAUCCCUGGCUGAAAAUAACAUACCUCUGUACACUACUGCUUCGAUUGGAAGUCCCACUCUAAACUCCCUGGCCAAUGCCAUCCGAGAGGAGCUGAACGGGGCCAUGGACCACGGCAACAGCAACGGCAGCGACAGCAGUCCGGGCCGCUCCCCUCUGCCAGCUAUGCAUCACAUCAACGUCAAGGAGGAGCCCCUGGACCUCGAGGAGCACGAGGGGCCCCUGUCCCUGGUGACGACGGCCAAUCACAGCCCGGAAUUUGACCCGAGCAGAGAUUACGAGGACGAGCAGGCCAACGAUGACAUGCAGUAGGCUCCGCCCCCUUGCCAUGCCCCACGGAGAGGCGGGGCCCGAUCAAGACGCACACCGCGUCUUUCCACAGACUCGGAACCGGGCUGGAUCUCCUGUUGACAGCUAUAAAAUGUUUCAAUUGACUUUUAGUGCCAUUAAAUACAUUAAAAAGACAUGACAGAAUAUCCCAUUUGGGAUUUUUUUUUUAUUUCUACUUUUUGUUUAAGGAAGAGAGAGAAUUAAUUUUUACUGAAGACACGUCGGACGGAUGCAUUUGGUACCUGGGACUUGACGUGGUGUGUGGUUCCCGAACUGGGCUGGACUGGGACCUCGUCCGAGGGGCCUUGUCGGUUUGCAUGUCCGCGUGGAUUCAGGUCACUGUCACUGUCACUGCCUGCAGUUUGCAUCGGUUUGUUUCCAUUGAGGUUAGAAGGGCGUUUUGGUGGGUGGGGGGGGGGGGCUGUAUAAUCUGUAUCUGACCUUUCUUUUCUUUGCUUGUUAUGUUUGUUUCCAUAUUCAAAAACUACUUUUUUUUUUCUUCUUCAAACUGACCAAAACUCAAACUGUGGACAGGAUCUCUGUGGUCAGAAGAUGAUGAAUGUUUUUCCUGAUUUCUUUGUACACGAAAGCUGAAUGUCGAAUACCAGGUAGUGUUUUUCUGUCCUGUGUUGCCCGUGAUUCGGAGACGCCUGUCUCACUCGUCACACCACCUCCCCGGUAGAAUUUCAGCACCCACCCCCCCUCCCCCAGCAGAAAUGCACUAUUCACAAUGAAGGCUCCAUCUAUGCAUCUAUGAAGUUUCUCCUCACAGCGGGAAUGUUCGGCGGGCGGCAGAGAAGGGGCGCGUUCCACGGCCCGCAGCGUGCUCACACCGGGGCACGUCUCUUUCUCCCCUUUGUUCCGGAUCCUUUGAAGCCCCUGGAGGAUGUCAGGUACGCAGUGCCGCUGGGCGUAUUCAUACCUGCAGAUUCUUAAACGCGACUGCGGCAUCUCCAGGGAGACCUGCAGCUCGGCCAUCUGAUGGAGAUCUUAGGACCGUCACUGGACACAGCCGUCCUGCUAGUUGGCGUCUCGCCACUGUCAGUGUGAUGCCCACAGUGUGACCCUUUUAAGUCCAGGGAGGUUUGCACAAGCAUUUCUUAAGCUGCCCGCCUCUGCCCCGCGAGGGGCGACUGCCGUAGGAACCUGGGCCUCUCUGUCUGACCCAAAAUCCGAUUAAAUUAAAUAUGUCAAAGUUACGCCCAUAACCAAACGCUUUGCUCUUUAUUAACCUUUGGGUUGUUGAGGUCUCAGACGAUCCUGUUGCCAGGACCGUUUCCCAGGAUACGUACCUGAUGUACCUUGAUUAGUGACUACCAAAGAAAAAACGGAAAAUACACAGAAUGAUGUCUAGCCUAUAGUGGAUGAAUUAGAGAGCAGGCCUCACUCUUUUGAACUUUUAUAAAGCCAAAGGUGUGACUUGCGGAGACCAAAACAGAAAAGCCGUUUGUGGUUGGGGGUGAAGGGGGCGGGGUUUACCUGGACACGUGACCAAAUUGGGCAGUCAUCUUUGGGCCAAUCGGAAGGGACCGUUCCAUCUUCAACAGGUAACUGUACGACAUGGGCCGUGACAGUUCUGAUACAUGCUGUCACAAUUAUCCACAAGCAGACACGGGAGUUCUAUGGAGAACAAUGUGAACUAUUAUAUGCUUCAACUGGACCACAGAAAUGAUGAAAUGUUUCCUGCUCCUAAGUUUGUGACCUUCAAGGAAAGAUUGUAUGUCACGACCAUCUUCUGCUCCGGUCCAUGUAGCUGGACUGAUUUCUUUGUUAUCCUUGUUUAGCGUCUGUCAACUUUAUUACUUUUUAUAUUAAAAAAAAAAAAAACACUCCUGUCAACUAAUAAGCUGGGUACAAGGUACUUCGCGGCAGUUCUUUUUAGGUUUCACCACGCAUUUAUUAAUGAUUCAAAAGGGGCGCGCUGGGGCGUAGAGGCGGUGUUUCCUGGCCGGGCAGCUGCGGGGGGGAGCGAUUGAGAGGAUGGGUCUGGCUCACCCCGGGCCGGGCCUGGCCGGCGCAGCGCUGGUCAGCUUGCCCUCGGAAGGGGGAUGAGGCUGGUAGAUUAGGACAUUGGCAGCAUGUGUGUAGCUCGACAUUACUAAAACUAACCGCAUGAGAAAACUUAGUACGCAUACCUCAGUUCAGACCUAUAGGGAAUGAUUCAAUUUUUAAAGAAAAAAAAAGAAUAAAAAAACAUUUCACUCAGUUGCACUUAGUCGUGUGUCUUUGCAUGUUUAGUCUAAAACUGUAGCAAAAAAAAAAUUAUGAAAAAUGCAACAAAAAAAAAAUAGAGCUUGUUUAUCCGGAGGGUCUCGCGUCCUGUUGGCCAGACCAGUGCAAACCUCAGGCUUUGUUCAUGAAGACAUCUUCAGCAUCCAUGAAGCCCUGCCCUCCAUGCAUCUGCUGGGCGAGCAGAACUAGGCUGUACAUACAUGUCCGUAUAACCUCUGUGCGUCUCGUUUUUUUUUUUUUUUUAUGGGUCUUUCCUUCCGAUGGUAAAAGUACAUCUGUGUUCUUAUGUUUGUUUUUUUUUCUCUCAAUGGUUUUGUAUGUACUAUUAAAAUAGUUAUGGAAAAAAAACUGCUGUAUGUAUCAGAUUAGCAAACUGUUCCGCAAAAUGUAUUUUACUGAGUAAUCCUGGCUUUUAAGACAUUCAGACAAGCAGUCAGCGGUUUAUGGGGGUGGGCACGAGUGCGAUUAUCCUACAUUUUGGAUUUUAAACUGUAAAAUAGAGGGGGAAAAGGACUUUUCUCUUACUGUUGACCUAAACAUUUUGUACAGAUUUCCUUUCUCUUUUGUGUUAAGACUGUUUUUUUGAUACUUCCCUGCUUUCGACUCUCCGGGCCACUUCUGCUGCUGGCUGCUCAGCUGUACAUAGUGGGGUGCCCGGCCGGUCGCCAUGGCAGCACCCCCCCCAGGGGAGUGUCCCCAUCACGGACGCACCAGUGCACCCAGGGUGUAUAUUCUGCGGAUGUAUCGGCGUUUUGUAUAAAACCCAUAGGACAAAAAAAAUAUAUAUGCAGUGCCAAGAUGUAAAGAAUAUCCGUAACGUCCCUCGUUCUGAUUCAGAUGAUUUUUUUUUUCCCGAAGCAAACAACUCUUGUGAGUGCCGUUUCACCGAACCAGUCCGUAUCGCCGUUAGGGGUGUGGGCGAAAAAUAUUUAAACAAAGGGAAAUAUAAUUCUGUUUAUCUUUUUUAACGGUCGCUAAAGCCAAGCACAGCAGGUAGAGGUCUCCACGUGAGCACAUGGGUCACCGGUGAAGUGAUUAUGAGAAGUGGUUCCUUGACAUACCUUCGCUGUAGAAUAUAUUAGACUCAGUUUUAAAAAUUAAAAAAAGGCCUCUUUUAGUUUGUGUUUAUGGUGGCUGGUGUCACAUUCCCCAGAGAGCCUCCAGAAGUCAUGCUGUUUGGCCGCGGAUCCAUCGCCCAUCACGUCCUUCUUUAACCCUUUAGUAGAAGGUGCCACUUCUGGGGGAGGGGUCAAGGAGUUCGCACAGUGCUUCUGUGUUCCGUGGCGAGGUAGCUUUCUGUUUGAGGCAUGAAAGCAGCCGCUUAUCGCCUCUGUCGGUCUGUUUGUACGUCCUACAUGAUCCCAUGUCUGUUUCUGCAGACGCGUAUGUUGUACAGUCGGUCUUUAACUGACUCUGAAAUGCAAUAAAAUGCUGGUUGUUCA